UUAAAAAAAUUUAUUAAAAAAAUUAAAUAAAAAAGGGACUGGAUUCCAUCUCCCAAGUGUCCUUUCUCCGCGUUCUUCCCUCCCUAUAAAUAACCCAUUAACCACCAUCCACUCUCAUCACAUUAAUCUCUAUCUAUCUCUCUCUCCUCAAAUCUAGAAAAUUAUAAAUAAAAAAAAAUCCAUUUUUCUCUCUCCUAAAAUUCAGAUAAUAAUGUCGAAUCGCAAAAUUCUCCUCAUCGUUUUCUCUCUCCUCGCCGUAAUCUCCGCCGUAUCCGCCGCCGGGAAACGUACCGGCGCCGUCCUCGGAGGUUACAAACCGAUCAAAGACAUCAAUGACCCUUAUGUUCAAGAAGUCGCCAAAUUCGCGGUUGCGAAACACAACGAAGAAGCGAAUUCUCACCUCGGAAUUGUCAGAAUUGUCAAAGGUGAGUCGCAGGUUGUCGCCGGAACUAAUUACCGGUUUUUAAUCGCCGCCGAUGAUCAUCAACAGUACGAAACUGUUGUUUAUGACAAGCCAUGGCAACACUUUAGGAGCCUUACCUAUUUUAAGAAAGUUUCUGCUUAGAAUUUUAGAUUUUUUUUUUCCGGUUUUUAUUGUGAUUUUACGAGUGAUCUGAAAGAUUACAUUAUAUCAAUAAAUGUUGUACCCAAAAAAAUGUUUUGAUUGAUCAUAUUAGUAUAUGCAAUAAGAGGGAAUGAAUUUUGUGUAAAUGUUUGUCUAUUUUUUUCUAAUUUAAUUUCAUUGUUGU